AUGGGUCGAAGUGGAAGAUCAGAUAUGAUGAUGAACGCGUUGAGGUCAGGGGUCGUGGUGCUGGGGGCUUUGGGUUUCGGGUACUUGAGCUUGCAGAUUGGUUUCAAGCCUUAUCUCGAGAAAGCUCAGCUUGAAAAUGCAAUCCAACAAUCUGAAACUGAAUCUUCACCUUCUUCUCAGGAACCUCUCUCUUUCCCAGAACGAGAUUCAUGAAUCCAUUGCUUCACUGUUGACCAUGGUCUGUUUCGAUUUUUCUCUUGCUUUUAUGUGUUUGUAGUUGCAAUUGUAUUUGUGCUCCAACAACAAACUGUGUGCUAAUUAAUUAUCUGAGAUGAAAUUUAGCCUGCUGCGGAUGCUGUUUAAUUGGAACCAUGUGUGUAUUGGCUAACUUUUCUGUGUGCUUUCACUUGUUUGAUAUAAGUCCUGCAUAUGAUGUAAAGGCAUUGGAAAUGUUUGUGUAGGUCAUGGAUAUGAUGAGAUACAUGGUUACAUUGUUAAGUGAUGGUUUUCAAGUAA